GUGUGGAAACGAACUGGUCCACUUUUUGCGAGACUUGUGCGUGUGCUGAAUAUGCCUCCACCGACAGCAGUGAAAUUACAGAUGUUGAGUAUGAUGAUGCUCUUUGCCAUGUCUAUCGCCUUGGCCUACGACGAAAUACCCAAGUACCAGCACCGAGACCCAGUGACAUCUAAGGUGCUGCUUUGUGACCAGUGCCCACCUGGCACGGCCGUGGAGCGCCACUGCAGUGCAGAGGAACCCACUAUUUGUGGCCCCUGUCCAGAGAAACGCUUUGCAGAACAGUGGCACUGGGGAGACAGCUGUCAGCAUUGCACAUCUGUCUGCAAAGAAAGGCAGAUGGUACGGAGGGAGUGUAACAGCACUCAUGACAGGCUCUGUGAGUGUAUUCACGGGUAUCACCUGGUUGUGGAAUUUUGUGUCCGACACACCACCUGCCCGUCUGGCUCUGGAGUCGUAGUGCAGGGCACACCAGAGAGGGACACAGUGUGUGAGAAGUGUCCUCAGGGUUAUUUCUCCAGCACGUCCUCAUUUAUAGAGCCCUGCUUGCCCCACAGGGACUGCACUCGAAUGGGUUUGAAGACCCUCAUAGCAGGCACAGCCACCCAGGACACACUGUGUGAGACUGAGAGUAAAGACUUCACCAUUGACUGCUCCCAUCAGCACACAGAGUGUCAAACUGACAUCACACUAUGUGAGGAAGCCAUUUUUCACUUUCUUGCAUCUCCUCCUUUGGCCUCCGUCCCUGUGGAGCAUCUGUCUGAGAGUCUUCCAGGACGCAAGGUGGACUGGAAGAGUGUUGAGAAGGUGAAGAAGAGCUGCAGCCCUCAGCAGCAGAUGCUACACCUGCUCCGCCUUUGGAGAGAACAAAAUAAAGACCAAGACAAAUUUUUCAGCAUCAUUCAAGGUGUGAACCAUUGUGAGCUGAAAGUAUCGCGCUGUGCCAGCAUGAAGAACCUCACCCUGGGAGACCUGUUGGUCUUGAUGGAGAGUUUACCUGGUGAGAAGGUGAGCGAGGAGGACAUUCAAGCCUUGGUCCGCUCCUGCCCCUCAGAACGAUACAUCCUGCAGCUCCUCCACUUGUGGAAAAUUCAGAAUGGAAGUCACGACCUGUCCAAAGCAUUAGCCCACAGCAUCCGCAAACUACGCUUGAAAGGUGCCCGUCGACCCUUCCUCAAAACUCUGAAGAAGAUCAGUCGAAUCAUUAGUGUGCCGUCUAUACACCGAAUGUAUGAGAAGAUGAUUGUCAACAUGCUCCAGGACAGCAUGUGCUUCAAAACCAAACUGUACAAUGAUUAAUUAAACAUUAUAUGGCCAAAAGUAUGUGGACACCCAAACACCACAGCCAUUUGUGCAGCCAUAUGUGUUGAACAUUCCAUUUAGAAUCGUUGCCAUUAAUAGAGAGUUUGUGUUCUCUAACAGCUUACACCCUUCUGUGUACACUAGAUGUUGAAACAUAAAUGCAGGGCUUUAAUCCCAUUCAGAUAUGAGAGCAGUAGGGGUCAAAUCUUUCAGCGGUCAGUGUGACCUGCACAUUGGACCUGUCACAGCCACAGGCAGAUACCAGACACAACUUAAAACUGGUGCCGCUGUAUUCAUGCUUCAAAUUAAUGUGAGCAGUGCAUCACUUCAAAAGCUAAUAGAUCCCAUAAAUAAUCAAUGAUGUCUAUAUUGGAAGAGUCUGUUCCUGACAAAAAAUGUAUUGUAUUACCAUGAAAAGCCACCCCUCCAAAGUUGUGGCAAAAUUGCUCAAGGACAACAAAGUUAAGGUAUUGGAGUGGCCACCAAAAAGCCCUGACCUUAAUCUGAUAGAGAAUUUGUGGGAAGAACUGAAAAAGCAUGUGCGAGCAAAGAGGCCUACAAACCUGACUCAGUUACACCAGUUCUGUCUGGAGGAAUGGGACAAAAUUCCAGCAACUUAUUGUGAGAAUCUUGUGGAAGGCUAGCCAAAACUUUUAACCCAAGUUAACCAAUUUAAAGGCAAUGCUACCAAAUACUAGCAAAUUGUAUGUAAAAUCCUGAACCACUGGGAAUGUAAUGAAAGUAAUGAAAGCUGAAAUUCUCUAUUCUAUUAUUCUGAUAUUUCACAUUCUUAAAAUACAGUAGUACUCCUAACUGAUCUAAGACAGGGAAUGAUUUCUACAAUGUCAGGAAUUUUCAAAAACUGAGUUUAUAUGUAUUUUGCUAAGGUGUAUGUCAACUUCUGACUUCAGCUGUACAUACUGUAGUUAAGACAACAUGAAUUAUACAGUGAUUGCAUAGGAUUUUAAAAGUUAUUUCAGCCAAUAGAAUAGCUUUGUGAUCUGAGGCAGGUGUUACUUGGUGUGGGUUUAUUGUGUAGUUGAUAUUUAUUGUCGUCUUGCGGGACACAAACACAUACACUUGCAAAGCUGAAAGCACACAAAUCUCUAGAAUGUCCUUAUAUGCUGUAGCUAGCAUUAAGAUUGGUCUUCAUUGAAAUUAAAGGGCCUAACAAACUGGUUAAUCAUAUGGGGGAGUCCACAUACUUUUGGCUAUGUAUGACUAAAAGAAGAGUUAUUUAAAUUAAAAUAAGUUGUAAAUAGUAUUGUUUUUGGACUGAUAAUGAGCUAAAAAGGGGGGGUAUUUGGGGUUACUGCUUUUGUUGUGAAGUUGCUUCUUUUUUUUUGGCUUGUUUAAUGUUUUCUAAUAAUUGUUUUACAGACUACAAUACUAAGAGUUAGAUUCUGAAAUGGAGAUUUAAGCCAAGUCCUGAACAUUCAGAGGACAAUGAGCCUGUUUACAUGCACAGCAAUGUACUAAUAACUCCUAGAAAACUGCUUGUUUAAAAAAAUCAGACUAUGCAAGAAAACUGUGUUUAUGUGAUAUUUGAAAUAUUCAAGUUAUUCUCUGAUAUUACAAAGGCGUUUACAUGCAACAGGAAAUCUACUGUAGGUAAUGGGCAAAAAUCUACCCAUGUCGAUCGGUUUAUUCUCAAGCCUUUUUUAACCUUACACCCCUAUAGCGAUAAAAGAAAGCUGUUUAUUGCGCUUACGUGACUACACACGUUGUCGGUGUAAGUAAACAUGCUCAAUGAACUUUUUAGUCCAGGCUUUUGCUUGACCUGCUAUGUCUCUUAAACUAAACUUUAUUUAAGCUGUAAAUAAAGGAUGUUGGAUGUUUUUAUGUUUUAUUUUUACUGUAAUUAUAUUUUGUCAGGUUUUGUUUUUUUAUCAAAAUUUUAAAAAGAAAAAAAUAUUAUUUAUCAAUUUGUCAGGAAACUGGACUCUAGAACUGCAGUACAUCAUUUGUUUUUAAUUUAAGGAAAUGUGUCAAUGAGACUAUAUUGACGUUUUCUACAACAUAUUCUCAUAAUGAAAGUGAUGGGGGAAAACUAAAGUUUUAAACUCUUAUAGAUUGUAUCAUAAAGAAAGGCAUCAUUUAAAAAUGAUAUAUACUAUACUGGAUGGCAAUCUUAACGCUCAUGUUCUGUUGAGAUUGACUUUAAUGUUUUUGUGUUUGGGGUCCCAGAGACUGCAUGUAAAAUUAAUAAUAGCUGCAAAUUUAUACAUGUUUUAUCUUCAAAUUCUACAAUAUACACCAGUAUUUAUUCAUGUUUUAUAUCUGAGGUUUCUAAGAACCUAAACAGAUGUAAUGUAACAUGUAGUAUGGAGGACGGACAAAGCAUAUUUUCAAUAUGAAAUGCUGUUAAAAGUCAUGAGGUAUCCAUCAGAAGAAUAUUUUUAAACUAUUAAAAUGGCCUCAAACAGAACAUGAGGGUUACUAGAAGCAUCACAUUGUAACAGAAAGUGUGUUAGGAUGUUAUGAAAUAUUUUCUGACUUUCAUAUAUUGAUGUACUGUAUUUCAGAGGCUUUUUUAAAUGUUGUAAACAUAUCAGGCUUGCUAAAUCUUUAACACUAAUGCUGAAUCCUAAAGUCAAGCAAGUUGUUAUUGUUUUCUCCUAAAUGUACUUAUUGUAUGAUGAUCUUGUUUCCAUCUCUAAUACUCAUAUGAUAUUUGAACAUAUCUUUGUACUGAUUUUUUAAAUUGAGUUUUGUGUUACUCACUCUUCCUAACUUAAUCACUCUUCCCAUUUCUGACUAGGUAUUCACUCGCUUUGGUUCAUUGAGAAUAUGUGUCAAUUACAUGACACUUGUUUUUUUUGUAUGGAUCUAUUAAUUUAUUCAAAAAUACAUUAAAAUGAAAU